AUGGAAAUUUCUUCUUCUUCUUCAGCUCUACAUACUACCCUUCGAUUCAGCAGCACUUCGAGGAUCAAAUUCUUGUCAGCUGUCGCUGCGCCGCUGGUGGUGCCUCCGAAGCCAAGGCUUCCACCCUCUUUUUCUUUGGAUGCCAGCAAAUUCGGUCGAAACUGUGGAAUUCCCUGGGGAGUUGGAGGUUUCAGGCGGAGAGAUUUGAAAAAAUCUCCCGUCCUCCAGCCCCAGGCCUCAGGAAUGGAGUCCCCCGGGACCUCCAAGAGUGGCGGUGUGGACAUGAGAAUCGUGGCGGGGUCUGCGAUCACGGUUGUUCUGGCGGUUGCCAACCGUGUUCUGUACAAACUCGCCCUGACUCCCAUGAGGGAAUUCCCCUUCUUCUUGGCUCAGAUGACGACAUUCGGGUAAGUUUUACCGUUUUUUCCCGGCAAGUGUUCUGUGUGUAUUAGGAAUAGCUGCUGUUGAUGAUGGUUCUUGAUGAAGAGUAGGCAUUUCUGUCUCGGACUCCGUGAUUAAGUGGUUAAUAUAUCAAAUCCGUGUUAGUAUAAACCUUCUUUAAUCUACUGAUUCGAAGCUGAAAGGGGAUUUGCAUCUCCCUUCUCUGUAUACCGACAAUAGGAUACUUGUCUGUAUAAGUGAAGCUCCUCAGAAUACUCAUCCUACGAAUCCUUGUGCGCAACUAUUAAAAUCUGUGUGGUAACUUGGAACCUCCCCCUAAAGAGAGAUAAUAGCUAACCAUUGUUGAUGAGCUCAUUCAUUUUGAUCAAAUAUGGCUUUUUAGGUGCGCAACUGGGGCUCCUUUGGAGUUUUCUCCCUCUUUUGGAAUAUUUUUUUCUUGAACCGUACGAAUAUUGGAAAAUCCAGUAAUUAACGCCCACUUUCUCUUUGUGUCAUUUCCAAAGAACAGCUCAAAAAAGGUGUGUUUGUCAAGUUCGCACUUUAAAUUGCCUAACUGCGUUGGCCUUGUUCCUUAAAAAUCCUGUAUUAUGUGGGCAAGACUCCAGCGAGUGUGGUUUCAAGGUAAACAGGUGCUUUUGUUUCUUGGAGUUGAUAGGUUGGCAUAAAGUUCCGUCACUCGUUCUUCCAUUCUUUUAGCUUGUUAAUAUUAUUUUUAAUGAAGGGCAAUGACCGAGAAGUCUGUGGUGAUGAAUAGUUACCCUGAUUGUUCAACGUCAGUUCAGAUGCCCUUGUUUAGCUAGACUAUGUGAUGCUUUUUUUUUUCCACGAUGAAGAGGACUUGGAAUCUUAGUUCAUGCGUAUACUUUCCCCAACACGAACGAUUUUCUUUCGUGCCAAGUAAUAUCUCUAUGUCAUUAUUUUAUAAUUUUAUCCAUUUUGACACUUAAUUACCUUUAUCCUUAACAACUGUCAUAGUCCAGUAUCAUGUGGAAUUCAUUGCAUCAGAUGUUCAUACUCAUCACUGAGUCAACUCACAUGUUUCUUGGGCAGGUAUGUGGCUGUAUACCUGUCAAUUCUAUAUGUUCGUUAUCAGUCUGGAAUUGUAACCAAAGAAAUGCUUGCGCUGCCGAAGUCUCCUUUUGUAGCUAUUGGUAUUCUAGAAGCCCUCGGAGUUGCAGUUGGGAUGGCUGCUGGAGGUAUUUUACCUGAAUUGUGACGAUUACAGGGAUGAAAAAGACACUCUAUAGAAUAUAUAUGUUGUACCAUGAUCCUAUAUAGAUAAGUGUUCUUUUUCAUUCUUUUUUUUGUUGGGGGAGGGUUGCUGAUAUUCGAAACUGACAGCCACCUUCUGAGCUUCUCAACUUUGUUGCGUAUCAGAGGCAAAUAUAUCCAGGGUGCAAGUAUCCAAGGAGUACCACCAUUGAAAACCAUGCCUCGUGAAUUAUUCUGAGGAUGAAAUUCGCUUUUCCUGUGUGGCGAUAAGUUAUUUAGUAGCAUUCCCCUAUCGAUUUAUGUGACUCGUUGGAUAUUUACGAAAUAUCUGAAAAACAUUUACUAUUGGAGUCUGAUGCCAUCUUAGGUUCGUUUCGACUAAGAAAUUUUUUUUAUGCACAUAUUAUUCAGCCACCCAUGUAAGAAACCUAGUGUGAAGACGAGCAAAAAGUCUUCUAGGAGGUGUAACACUUAUUUCUUUUUUACUUUUGGCUAAUUACUAAAUUUCUUCUACAGCUAUGCUUCCAGGACCAUCAAUACCCAUAUUAACUCAGGUAAGUUUGUCUAAUUACUUCCAGGAAAGACAUUAACGGUUGUAGAACUUAGUUUUAACUGACAGCGGUAAAGCCCAGCUUCUUAGUUUCUGUAUCACAGUUGUUCAAGAAUUAAUCAAGUGGCCACAUGCUAUGAUCAACUCCAAAAUAUUUAUACAAAUAGAAAAAUAUUGACCUUAGGGAAAGGGAGAUAUCCAAGGAUUUUGAUAGAAUUUCCAAGGAUUAAGAUAUCCGACCAUGAUGGUUUUGAUAGGAUUUCCAAUGAUUCAGUUAUCCAACAGAAAAAGUUGUUAGUUCUAUUGAUAUCAUUAUAUAGGUUCAUCAAGCUGGAUGGCAUAGAAGUAUUUUGUUACGUGCUGUUUUAUGUGAACAAUGUUAUAUCUUUCCAUAUGUUUCAAACAAGUGAUGAUCUUUGUUGAAAUAGUAUAAUACUAGAAAGACAACAAAAUUCUGCCGUUAUGCAGUCAGGGAUACUCCACUUUUCAAUCAUUUGUUUAGCUUGACGGUGGAAUACUUUAACAUGGUAUAAAAAAUAACGAGUAUUAUUGGAUUGCAUGCACCUCAUUUUUGUUGUCCGCAUAAUAGUAUACAUGUAUACGAAGGGACAUGUUAGAAUAGUCUCAAAACGAAAAUACAAAAUAAUUCAUUUUCUUGAUAUAAAAACUGUAGUUAUAUCAUUUCCAAUUGGCUUUGAGUUGAAUGGCCAUAUAAUUUGGCAGUCAUAUUUACUUUGAACCAUAUAACGACUAUACAGGAAUUAUAACAGAAAAAAUCGCAUUAAAAAUUAACCAAAAAAUUAGAACUUAACGAAGCAUAGAAUGAUAUGAGAGUUCAAAAUUUUAGUAAUGUUCAACCCUUGACAUUUGUACAGAAAAUAAGAUAUACGUUGCAGAGUUUGUUAAUAAUGCUCUGUUUCUUUGGAACAGAUUAGAGAAUACUAUUAAUAUAACAGUGCCAUUUGGUUGGGUUCUAAUUUCUUCCGAUUAGAAGUGACGCCUUGAAUGGCAAUGCUGACUCUUUUGGAUCAUGGAUUAAGUGAAUACCUUGUCUGCACUAUAUGCUAAGGAUGUACCUCCCUUUGCAGGCAUUUUUGGUGUGGCAGCUUAUUUUUUCUUCUGUUAUUUUGAGAAGAAAAUACUCAUUCAACCAAAUCCUGGGGUGCCUGCUGGUAGCGGGCGGUGUGAUUGUAGCCAUGUCAGGGUAUUUUCUAGAACCUUUUGAUUUCGGUUAUUUACUGGUCUAUGUUUGAAUUCGUCAACCUUCCCCAUGCCCAUUUCGGGGAUAGUCAACCUUCUCAGGACUAACACUGGGCUCUCUUCAAUAAUCACAUUUGAUGCCAACUCCCUUUUUUUUUCUUCCAUGUUGUGUUUGAUACAGCGGGUUGUCUGAUGGUCAACUCCUCUCCGAAGCAGAGUUUUUUUGGCCAGCUUUAAUGAUAGCUUCAACUGCAUUUCAAGCUGCCGCUUCAAUUAUCAAGGUUAUCACCCCGUGCUCUUAUUUUUUUCUGGUAAAUCGACGCAGAUGAUGAAAGAAAUGAACUCUAAGCCACUGCCUUUGACCUUUACAAAUCCACAGGAGUUUAUCUUCAUUGAUGCUGGAAAGCGUCUUCAGGUAUCAUUCAUUUUAUCUGUUUUUUUGGAAAACUCUGGUUGUAUUUCAUCUUCAAACUAUGCUGAUCUUGAUUAUUAUUCACCGAUCAUCUUCAGGGGAAGCAGCUUGACAUAUUUGUCGUCAACUCCUUCGGAUCUGGGUUUCAGGUGACCCUACUACUCUUAGAAAACAGUAUCCAUCUGGUUUUCUGAUAUAUUGGAUCUUCAAUGUUCACUUCCUCCUCUUCUUCUUCUUCUUCUAUUAGUUAUUAAAUUACUGUUUAAAUAAACCUUCAACUUAGUUAAUCCAUUUUUCUUGAUUCUGCAGGCUCUUUUUGUUCUCCUGCUUCUUCCUUUCCUGUCAAAUCUAAAGGGAAUUCCCUUUGCCGAGCUCCCUGCAUACCUGAGGAGUGGCGCUGGGUGCUUUCUUAACCUCGGCACUGCAACGGGCAAGUUUUCUUCAUGGCAGCUUUUAAUUUCUUUAGCCUAAUCGAGAAAAUCUAGCUAGUUCAGAGGGUGGCGAUUUUUUAAGGAAUAUUACAUCACAUUCCGCAUUGAUUUCCAUACUGUGUUUAUAUCAUCAUUUACAUGAAUUUAAAUCGUAUUUUUAAUUAAAAAAAUGAUAUAUGUAUAUUAUAUAUUAAGUAUUAUAUAUAUAUAUAUAUAUAUUUGAAGGAUUUUGCUUUCUUUCUCUUCAAUGGAAGAAAUUAUUCUGCGUCUUUGUUCAUAUCUAUGUUGAACUAUCGCAGGCUGUGAAGGAGCCCCACUGUUGCCCCUCCUUUACAUGCUGGUGAACAUUACCUUCAACAUAUCGCUCCUCAGCCUGGUGAAGAUAUCAUCCGCCCUAGUCUCCUCUCUCGCAGCCACCCUGUCAGGUGCCUCCCCGCCCUCUCUCUCUCUCUCUCUCUCUCAUGCAUCGAUGUGUCAAUGGACUGACAGGCUCUACCUUCUUUGCAGUUCCGAUCGCCAUUUAUGUUCUGUCCCUCCCUCUGCCGUAUAUCCCUCGGGGAGCAGACUUAGACGGGUUCUUCAUGGUGGGUACGGGAGUGCUUGUGCUGGGCCUGAUGCUCUACAACCUUCCCAAGCCAGACAAGCCGUCCGACCAGUCCAAGGCCAACUGA